GAAUUCAUUCAGUACGCUGGGUGGCGGUAUUUAACUUUAACAUCGGCGAUCCACCACUCCAGUAACGAAACCGAAGGAGACGUUCAAGAAGUAAAUUAAAAGGUUUAUAUUCAAAUGCUCAGUCUUCUGACAGUAAACGCGUCUUUUAAAUGUUUGUUAUUACAGUUGCUUCGUUAUUUCCGUGAAAGUGUCUGUUAGAUAGUUAAGUGAUGUGAUUGUGAAUACUGUUAAAUAGCGUCAACUGAUGCAAAGGCUAACGGCUAAUGUUAGCACACUGAUGCACACCGUCGUUGGUAUAUUUGCAGCACAUAUACUCACAAAAUGGCAGAAGCCAGUAUAUCAUGGGCUCAGGAUCAGUUCAGCUGUGCAGUGUGUUUGGAUCUACUGAAGGAUCCAGUGACCAUUCCCUGUGGACACAGUUACUGUAUGAGCUGUAUUACACACUGCUGGAAUCAGAAAAAUCUGAGGAAAGUCUACAGCUGCCCUCAGUGCAGACAAACCUUCAGUCUAAGACCAGUUUUAGGUAAAAACACCAUACUGGCUGAAAUGGUGGAGAAACUGAAGAAGACGAAAGUACAAGCUGCGGUUUAUGCUCACUGUUCUGCUGGAGAUGUGCUGUGUGACGUCUGUACUGAAAUCAAACACGAAGCUGUCAAGUCCUGCCUGAUGUGUCUGAACUCUUACUGUGAAGAUCACCUCCAACAACACGAGAAUCUCUUCAAAGGAAAGAAACACAACUUGAUCGAGGCCACCGGACGACUUAAGGAGAUCAUCUGUCCUCAACACGAUAGACUGCUGGACGUUUACUGUCGCACUGAUCAGCUGUGUGUGUGUUAUCUGUGUACGAUUGAUGAACACAAAGAUCACGACACUGUGUCAUCUACAGCAGAGAGAACCGACAAACAGGCGAUUUUGGACGACACGAAGAGAAAAUACCAUCAGAGAAUGGAAAAGAUAGAGAAGGAGCUUAAGGAGCUGAGAGAGACUGUGAUGUGUCAUAAGCAGCACUCUGCACAGAUAGCAGUGCACAUCACUGAGGGGAUCUUCAGACACAUGAUCCUCUCCAUGGAGAGAAGACGCUCUGAGGUGACGCAACACAUCCGAGAUCAGGAAAAGACUGCAGUGAGUCAAGCUGAAGAACACUUGAAGCGUCUGGAGCAGGAGAUUGAGGAUCUGAGGAAGAGAGACGCUGAGCUGGACGAGGUUUCAUACACACAUGAUGACGUCACUUUCAUACAGAGCUUUCAGUCUCUGCCUGUCUCUCUUGGAUGUGAAGAUAAACCCAUCAUCACUAUCACUUCUCAACUCUCUUUUGAUGAUGUGAAAAAGUCUGUAUCUAAACUGAACGAAAAACUUGACGAUUUCUGUAAAGAUAUUGACAAGAUGUCUAAUGGAGUAACAUGCAGUGAACUUUCACCCACCAAUGAACCGAAGACCAGACAGGAUUUCCUACAAUAUUCCUGUCAGUUAACUCUGGACACAAACACAGUGAAUAAAAACCUCCGUCUGUCUAAGAGCAACAGAGUGAUUUCAUGGAUUUUCGAAAGCCAGCAUUAUCCUGAUCAUCCAGACAGAUUUGAUCAAAUGUAUCAGGUGUUGUGUAAAGAGAGUGUGUGUGGACGCUGUUACUGGGAGGUUGAGUGGAGUGUCGAGGAGAUGUUUGGUGUGAGUAUAUCAGUGUCAUAUAAGAGCAUCAACAGGAAGGGUCGGGGUAGAGAAAGUCUGUUUGGAGGUAAUGAUCAGUCCUGGUGUUUUUCCCGCCAUUUCAACUGUUAUACAUUCUCUCACAAAAGGAAUUGCACUGAUAUUCCGUUAAGGUUGAGAUCUCCCAGAAUAGGAAUGUAUGUGGAUCACAGUGCAGGAAUUCUGUCAUUCUACAGCAUCUCUGACACAAUGAGACUCAUCCACAGAGUGCAAACCACAUUCACUCAACCUCUCUAUCCUGGAUUUAGGCUCGGUAGUGGAACAAGAUUGAAACUAUGUGAACCGUAAAUAUAGGUGUUUUACAGUUGAAUUAAAAUUAAAAUACAGUUGAAUUAAAAUUAGCAUGAAAUGAAGGACAUUCAUUAUACAUAUACUGUGACUGACAAAUUUCUAAGCAUUUUAAUAGUAGGUUUACUCCAGGUAAGAUCACACUUCUGAACGUCGUAAUAAAUGAUGUUACUGAAAAGAUGUUAAAUUCAGUCAUGAAACUCAUAAUGCCAUUUGCUUGUGUACUUGUGCUUCUGACUGAAAAAUCCUCUACUUGGAAUCAAAAAAUCUUUGGUCAGUUGUUUAAAUAUGUAGGAUCAGUAAAAUAUGUAACUCAG